CCGUAGACAGACCGCAAUGACAGAACAGGAGAAUCUAAACGCACUUUUAACUCUCAUAACAUUACGUUCUCAUAAACAUGUUGGCUGGAAUUACUAUUCGGAAUAGAUGUGGACAGCAAGAGAAUGCGUUGAGAAGAUAAAGCACUGUCUACGAAAGGGAAUGUUUGAUUAAAACGACUGUACAUCAUGCAGGCGACGGGAUUACGGAACGUUUGGUUUUUCUGUCACUCAAGCGGGUGAUGUCACAGUGUGGGCGGGACUACAGCGCGGCUUUGCUUUGGUCGGCUGUAAACGUGAAGAAGUCAUGGGGGAUGUGUUUAUAUGUCAUUAACCUGCAGAACUGUUCGCUUUAACACUGAUGCUUGAAGACAUAUUGAAUUGUAUUCCUUUUUCAUAAUGGAGGGGAUGGAUGGACACGACUUGGCUGGUUAUGAAUGGACACAUUAAUAUCUAAUCGACUGGGAAACGGAAGCGUUUCUCUUUAUAUACAUUUCAUAAUUUCCACUUGUUUAGAGCUCACAUAGAUGACAGCAUGAGGAGCCGCAGUAAUUCUGGAGUGAGGUUGGAUGGAUUUGCCAGACUUGUCCAAGAAACAAUAUUAUGCCAUCAGAAUCCAGUGACGGGUCUACUGCCGGCCAGCGAGCAGCAGAAAGACGCCUGGGUCAGAGAUAAUGUGUACAGCAUCCUGGCAGUGUGGGGGCUUGGCAUGGCGUACCGGAAGAAUGCAGAUCGUGAUGAGGAUAAAGCCAAGGCCUACGAGCUCGAGCAGAGUGUGGUGAAGCUAAUGCAAGGACUGCUGCAGUGUAUGAUGAGGCAGGUGGCAAAGGUAGAGAAGUUCAAACACACACAGAGCACAAAGGACUGCCUGCAUGCCAAGUAUCACACACCCACCUGUGCCACAGUAGUUGGAGAUGACCAAUGGGGACACUUGCAGGUCGAUGCCACCUCACUGUACCUGCUCACACUGGCUCAGAUGACUGCCUCAGGUCUACGUAUCAUAUGUAAUCUGGACGAGGUGGCGUUCAUCCAGAACCUGGUGUUCUACAUCGAGGCUGCAUAUAAAGUGGCUGAUUAUGGGAUGUGGGAGAGAGGGGACAAGACCAAUCAGGGGAUCCCGGAACUGAACGGCAGCUCUGUCGGAAUGGCUAAAGCGGCUCUGGAGGCCAUUGAUGAGCUUGACAUGUUUGGAGCUCAUGGAGGUCCAAAAUCAGUGAUCCAUGUUCUCCCAGAUGAAGUAGAACAUUGUCAGUCUAUCUUGUGCUCUAUGUUGCCUCGAGCUUCCACCUCGAAAGAGAUCGAUGCUGGUCUGCUGUCUGUGAUCUCAUUUCCUGCGUUUGCAGUAGAGGACGCAGAUCUGGUCAACAUCACCAAGGGUGAAAUCAUCACUAAGCUGCAGGGACGUUACGGCUGCUGUCGGUUUAUCCGAGAUGGAUACAGGACCCCAAAAGAGGACCCCUCUCGACUUCACUAUGAUCCUGCGGAGCUGAAACUGUUUGAGAAUAUUGAAUGUGAGUGGCCAGUGUUUUGGACGUACCUCAUACUGGAUGGCAUUUUCAAUGAGGACCAUGAGCAGGUGCAGGAAUACAGAGAGGCUCUUGAUGGAGUUUUGAUCAGGGGAAAACACGGGAUCCGACUGGUGCCUGAACUCUAUACUGUGCCAGCUGACAAAGUAGAGGAUGAGUACAAGAACCCUCAUUCUGUGGAGCGUGAGGUGGCUGGUCAGCUUCCACACAUGUGGGGUCAGUCGCUGUAUAUCCUGGGCAGCCUGUUGGCAGAGGGAUUUCUGGCACCUGGUGAGAUUGACCCUCUCAACAGGAGAUUCUCCAAAGGAUUCAAGCCAGAUGUUGUAGUGCAAGUGAGCGUAGUGGCCGAGUCAGUGGAGAUCCAGCAUCUACUGAAGGAUCAUGGGAUUGACGUUCAGACAGUGUCUGAUGUUUCACCCAUCCGAGUCAUGCCAGCUCGCAUCCUGAGCCACAUUUAUGUGAAAUUGGGAAACUGUAAAAAGCUGAAUCUGAGCGGGCGGCCGUACAGGCACAUCGGCGUCCUGGGAACUUCAAAGUUUUAUGUGAUCAGAAAUUGUACCUACACAUUCACUCCACAGUUCAUUGACCAGCAUCACUUCUACCUGGCCCUGGAUAACCAGAUGAUUGUGGAGAUGUUGCGGACGGAGCUCGCUUACCUCUCGUCCUGUUGGAGAAUGACAGGAAGACCAACCCUCACAUUCCCCAUCACACGGAGCAUGCUGGUUGAAGAUGGUGACAGUAUUGACCCCUGUAUUCUGUCAACCCUGCGCAAGCUUCAAGAUGGCUACUUUGGGGGUGCAAGGGUGCAGAUGGCAAAGCUCUCCUCGUUCCUCACCACCUCAUUUCACACUCAGCUCAGUUUCUUGGACACCGACUCUGAGGAGAACCUGCUAGAGGAGGAGGAGGAGGAGGAAGAGGAUUAUGAAGGGAGUUUUGGGCUCUCAGGUUCUGGAGACAUGUUUGACCAGUAUCUAACAGAUCUGCUGCACAGCACUGCCACAAAGUGCCAUCUACCUCCUAUCCAGAGGGGGCAGCAUCAUGUUUUCAGUGCUGAACACACCACCAGGGACAUCCUGUCAUUCAUGGCCCAGGUUCAGGGCCACAACAUGCCCAAGCCUUCCAUGUAUUUACCUGUAGCGCCAAUCAUGAGCAAACACAGGAAGUCCCUGAACCUGUUGGAUGUUCCUCAGGUGCCGCCUCAUGCUCCUCACCACACCAAGGCUGAGAGUGUUGAUCUGCACCUGCCGCAUGAUGCUCAUGGGAACACUGACUUUGUCUGUCUGGUCAAUCAGCUAAAGCAGUGUCCAACCCUACAAGAUCAGGCAGAUAUUCUCUAUGUCCUUUAUGCUAUGAAGGGUCCGGAUUGGUUGGUGAAUGUGUCCGGUCAGGGUGGGGCAACAGUUCGCUCCCUGUUGGAGGAGCUGUAUGUUCGGGCAGGAGUGUGUAAAGAAUGGGGCCUCAUCCGCUACAUCUCAGGCAUCCUGAAGAAGAGGGUGGAGGUCCUAGCUGAAGCCUGCACAGAUCUGAUCUCUCAUCAUAAACAGCUGACAGUGGGUCUUCCUCCUGAACCCAGGGAGAAGGUCAUCACAAUUCCUCUUCCCCCUGAGGAACUGAUUAACUUGAUCUAUGAGGCCAGUGGACAGGACAUCAGCAUUGCGGUCCUCACACAGGAGAUCAUGGUGUAUCUGGCGAUGUAUGUGCGCUCUCAGCCGUCUCUAUUUGGAGACAUGUUGCGUCUGCGUAUUGGACUCAUCAUGCAGGUGAUGGCCACAGAACUUGCUCGCAGUCUACACUGCUCAGGUGAAGAAGCGUCAGAGAGCCUGAUGAGCCUCAGUCCAUAUGACAUGAAGAAUCUGUUACAUCACAUCCUGAGCGGGAAAGAGUUUGGUGUCGAGAGGAGCAUGCGGCCGAUUCAGUCUGCGGCCACCAGCCCUGCCAUCUCCAUCCAUGAGCUCGGGCACACAGGCGCCACCAAGACAGAGCGCACAGGCAUCAGAAAACUGAAGACUGAAAUCAAACAGAUCUUUAGCAGCAGUCAUUCCAUCAGCAGUAAUUUCACGUCCCCCCGUUCUACGAGAUGCAGCAGUCCCUCCACUCCUAGUGGAAUCCUGUCUCCGACCGGUACAGGUGACUCCCACCUGCAGUGGGAGGAACGUCAGGGCCAGUGGCUGAGACGACGCAGACUGGAUGGGGCCAUAAACAGGGUGCCCAUGGGCUUCUACCAGAAAGUCUGGAGGAUUCUCCAGAAAUGUCAUGGCCUCUCCAUUGCCGGAUACGUCUUGCCUUCCUCCACCACCCGUGAGAUGACAGAGGGAGAGAUUAAGUUCGCAGUGCAUGUGGAGUCUGUCCUGAAUCACGUCCCAGAGCCAGAAUACAGACAGUUGCUGGUGGAGGCAAUUAUGGUGCUCACGCUUGUUGCCGACAUGGAGAUUUCCAGCAUUGGUGGAAUUAUUCAUAUCGACCGCAUAGUCCACAUGGCCAAUGAUCUCUUUCAGCAGGAUCAGAGAUCUCACGGGGCCAACGAGUAUUUCUUGGAGAAAGAUCCUACCACAGGAAUCUGCAACUUCUUUUACGACAGCGCUCCGAGUGGCAGCUACGGAACAAUGACUUAUCUUUCCAAGGCUGUGGUCAUGUAUGUUCAAGACUUCCUGCCAAGCACCAGCUGUCUAAUGCAGUAACAACUUUAGAUCCCAGAGAAUCGGUGACCUUCAUGACUGAUCUAUGGCCAGUUUCAUUUAACCUAACAUGGGAAAAAAAUCAGUUGACCUCUCUAGUUCAGUAGCAGAAGACAAGCAUCAACAGGGAAAUCACUGAAAUAGACAGGAAAUAGACCACUGUACUCUUCUGUGUUUGAUAUAGAUCGUUCUAAUUUAAGUAUUGUGAAUGUAGAUGACUCUAGAAGAUUAAGUAUGUAAUUAAUUUUCAAAUUAUUUAUGUGAUUUUAAUAAAUUAACUUUAUUGGUUCACAAUCUAAUUAUUUAAUUUAUAAUUUUAUGCACAUUCAAAUGCAUUUUAUUUUAUUUUAAUUCAAUAUAUUUUAUGACGAUAUACAGUAACGGCAGCAAAACAUAUACCUGAAAGAACAAAAUAUUGCUUGGGAUGUACAGUAGCUAACAGUUCACUAAUGUUGUUGUUUUUAAAGUUCUCUGAAUCCCUAAAGUUUUGUUUUUUUCUUAACAUCUUGUACCUUGUUGUUACAUUCUAAAGUGUAUUGGUAAUGUAUUAUUUAGCAAGUACUUAUUAUUCAGUGCAACAUACAGUACAAAUCUUUCUGGCUCUGAGAAUAAUGUGGAAAAUGUAUUUAUUCUUUGCAUGGAAACAUGGAGCAUUCUAACUCAUGGUAAAGUCAAGCAUGGAUAUUAUAUUUAAAGAAUACCAGCCUGUGAUGUUGAUGCAAAUGUGCUGGAAAACCUUUUGCAGUUAACCUGACAAACCAUAUUUGAUUAAUUGAUGGUUGAGAGAAAACAUGUGGGUAAUGACAUAUUUUAGAAGUAUGUUAGUUCAUUUAAGGAGCACUUAAAAGUGCUGUAAGCUAUUUUAGCUAUUCUAGAAUUUCCACAAGAUGAGCCAUUGAAUUAGCCACGCCCCUUUUUUCCAAAACCUCGCCCUGUAAAGAUACCAAAUGAGUUUUAUUGAGACACGAGCAGAAACGUUUGUCAAAAACAACAGCAGCAAAAUAGCGCCCUCAACUGACAACUGUUAUGAACAACAUGGCAUAAAAAUGUCAUUAAGCCUCAAAUAAUUUGCUGCUACUACAAUACUAUGAGAACACGCAAAAUGAUUGACAGGUUGAAAGCGUCAGAGACCGCAGACACAUUUUUGUUUCAGGGAGUGUGACAGAUAUAUUAUAGAAAUUUUUCAUAGAAAGGGAUGCCAAAAAAAAAAAAAAGAAAAGAAAGAAAUAUAUAUAUAUAUAUUGGCAUACCUUUCUAUGAAAAAAAAAAAUCGCUUACAGCACCUUUAAUGAAGACUCAAGAGAAAAUCAGAUUAAUUAAAUAAUUUCAUUAAUGAAUUUGUGUUAGUAUUAUGUUGCAGUCUACAAAAUUUGAAGAGCAAAACAUUUGAACUUUCAAGCUGUUUCCUCCAUAUUUACAUUUCACUGUUUAUUCCCAUUAUGUUCACAAAGAAUUAGUACUUUAGAAGGGAAGUAUUGUAUUUUAACAUUCAUUAAGCAUUUCUAUUGACACAGACAAAUAAAAAAAUAAUCGAAUUAAUCAAAA